AUGCCCGCAACCGCAGCCGAUCGAGGACGGUCGAGAGUGUGUCGAGGAGGGCGAGUGUCUCAACGGCCGAUGCCUGACCUUCUGCGAACGUCCAUCGAUCAACAAGAAACCGUGUAUUUGUCGGAAAAGUACGCAUCACUUCUCAUUCCUUUCUGA